AUGGCCUUGCAGGCCGGUCGUCCUCAUCUUCCCCCCUCUCCCUCUCUCCUGCUGUGGCCGCUCAUGGUGGCCGUGCCCGAUCUGCAGUGGGUCUCAUGGUGCCACGGUUGGCACAUAGCAGAUCUUAGGACGGCACCAAUUGGCAAUGACACUACUUAUCUCAAAGAUGAAAAAGUCUCCAUUGAUGAGAUCAAAUUAACACCUCUAGAGCUUUCUGAACUGAUAGCAUCCAUUAAGAAUGGAACUAUAAGUGCAAAGAUCAGCAAGGAGAUACUGGCCAAGCUCAUUGCCAAAGGCGGAACAGUUAAGGUGCUUCGCACAUCCACGGCACUCAUCGCCUACAAUGUCACCGAGGCGUCUACCACAGCAGCUUCAACGAUAGCAAAGGUUGCAGUCACCACCAGCGCCCAAUCCACCUCCAUCGUCAACACCAGCUACGUCGACCAUGCCAUGGCCGUGUUCCAGCCUUCUGUGGUGGUGCUCCAUGCUCACACUGCUGGCCGAGGCGCUACGCUGUCCGCGUGGGUUGCGACAAUAGCUCUUGCAAGUACGUCUUCGUCUGUUCCAACAAGUGGUCACAAGUUGUUCAGCGGACCGCUCAACAGUUAUGCAGCUCUAGUGCAAUGGAUAAAAUCUCUGGUUGCAGCUGAUGACAUACUGCCAAAGCAUCCUUGGGUGUCAUUUGCUACAGGCACCUUGUUCACAGUUGGUUACAACUACAGUAACCCACGUAAUUCAUUACAGUAUGCAUGGCAACUACUACUUGAUGGGGAAAUAUAUACCACAGCUGCUGAUGUUGGUGCUGAUCUAGUUGGAAAAGUCGAAAGGAAUAUCCCUGAAGAUGAUCUGAGAAAACCAGCUGUCAUUGCAGACAAUGUUGGUGACAAUGUUGGAGAUAUUGCCGGAAUGGGGUAUGGUGCUGCUGUGGCUGCUCUGGGAAUGCUCAGCACUAUCGCUACUGUCAGUGACAAUGCUGGAGGAAUUGAUGAAAUGGCUGGCAUGAGCCACAAAAUUUGUGGGAGAACUGAUGCUCUUGAUGCUGCUGGAAACACUCCUGCUACAAUUGGGAAGGGUUUUGCAAUUGGUUCAGCAGCCUUGGUGUCUCUUGCCCUCUUUGGUGCUUUUGUCAGCCGUGUUGCGAUCUCGACUGUUGAUGUCCUGACACCUAAAGUUUUCAUUGGACUGAUUGUUGGUGCCAUGCUUCCAUACUGGUUCUCAGUGAUGACAAUGAAGAGUGUUGGCAGUGCAGCACUCAAGAUGGUUGAGGAACUUUACAGACAGUUGAACACUAUACCUGGGCUCAUGGAAGGUACUACCAAACCUGACUAUGCGACGUGCGUCAAGGUCUCUACUGAUGCAUCUGUCAAGGAGAUGAUUUCCCUUGGUGGCCAUGACUGA